AAUACUCUGAUUCAACGGGGCUGUUUUGCCAACUAGCCGGCCACCGAUCGUAUGGUCAUGAUCCCCAGAAUAGGUGUGAUUUUUUGGACUAUGCUCUCAUCCACCAGCUGUGCCCACGACUUGGACGGCCAAGAUUCAGUCCAUAUCUGCCACGUGUACGGUGAGUCUGCCAGAACCAUCAUAAAAUCCCAAUCGAUCUCAAUGUCCAUCAUCACACAUCCUCUCUUCCUCCUUCCCUUCUUCAUCAGAAAACCCUCCCUUCUCCAAAAGCUCCCCACCAUCUGCCAUGAGAGAUCAGUGGCAGGCCCCGUAAAUCACUCCUAUCUCAGGGGUCUAUUCCGAUCCCCUCUCCCCUCCGUUUGAUUUUCCAGCAGGAAGCUCCCAUCUCUGCGGGAAACCAUUCUUUUCUUCUUCAGAUUCUAGGGUUAGGGUUAGGGUUUUCUUCAAGAUGUCCGAGAGUAAUCUCAAUCCUGAGCCGUUGAAUUCACGGCCCUCGCCUCCUGAUCCCCCGCAGCAUCCUCGGCAUGCCAUCUACGUUGACGAGGAUGGGCACGCCCAUGUGCAUGGAAUGGAUCUCCCCGACCAGAUCGACGUUGACAGCGACGACGGAGAUGCAGUGGACCCCUCCGGCGUCGAGGAUGGCGGAGGCGAUGGCGAUGAGAUGAUGGACGGUGUGGAUGAUGUCGAGAUGGAUGAAGAAGAACCCAUGGAACAGAUGGCCGAUCCAAGCCUCGCCGUGCCUCUACAGUGCCGCAGCAUGAAUCAACUAACGCUCUCCUUCAACGGCGAAAUCUACGUCUAUCCUUCCGUCCCUCCAGAAAAGGUGCAAGCUGUAUUGUUACUUUUGGGUGGGCGUGACAUGGCUUCUGUUGUGCCUACUAGCAUGAUAGUCCCUGCUGAUCAGGAGCUUCAGGAGGUCAAGGUUGAGGAUGCUGUACAGCUACAGCACCCGCAAAUUCCACAGAGACUCGCUUCUCUAAUUAGGUUCCGGGAAAAGCGAAAAGAGCGGUGUUUUGAGAAGAAAAUUCGGUAUACCGUCCGCAAAGAGGUCGCUCUCAGGAUGCAGCGUCAUAAAGGCCAGUUUGCUUGCAAGGCAAAUCCCGAGGAAGUAGUCUCAGCUUCUUCAACCUGGGAACCACCUCCACCGACCCGGUAUCACGAAGAUAAUACAAACAACAGUAAUCAGCAUGAAAAUACUUGUCAACAAUGUGGCACCAGUCAAAAUGCCACUCCAGUGAUGCGUCGAGGUCCAGGUGGCCCAAAGACACUAUGCAAUGCAUGUGGACUAAAGUGGGCGCACAAGGUGAUGGAGGCAAAGAAGCAGGAUGUGGUGAAAGUGGAGGUGAAAAAGGAGACUGACAUAGAUGCAAUUGGGAGAGGCAGCAGCAGCAGUGGCGAAGAAGGGUUCUCACCUCCACAUGCUGUACCGAUCCAACAGGUGGCCCCAUUGUCGAGCCAUAAUGCAGCUCAGCAACUUGUCUGUCUGAAAAUGGAGCCUGUUGUGGAGCACACAAGACGGGAGUAUGUCCCGGUGAGAAGGGGCCUGCUUGCAAGCAACUCAUCUAAAGACAAGCACACCAAGGUGGAAGGCCGUGGGCGAAGGAUCCAGAUGCCUGCCACUUGCGCAGCCCGGAUAUUCCAAUUGACCAAGGAGCUCGGCCACAAGUCAGAUGGCCAGACCAUACGGUGGCUUCUGGAGCAAACCGAACCAGCCAUCAUCCAAGCUACUGGCACCGGUACUGUUCCAGCCAUCGCAACAUACGUGGAUGGGACACUCAGGAUUCCAUCCCAGGCCCCUGACGAAGGAGAAGGGGGAAGGCGGAAGAGAAGGAGAAGUACCUUCCCUCCACCAACACCACAGCGAGAAGAGAAAGGUACCAUCUCAGCUGGCCUAGCCCCUGUGGGCCCCACAGUGGCCUCCACCCAAAAUGUUAUGCCCAUGUUGGUAAGUGGGGGAGGGGCGAUGCUGGCACCCAAUGCGAACAUGGGCACACAAACUUUCUUGAUGAUCGCGCCGAAUGCCAUUGCUGGCCCUUCAAAUCAGCCACAGAUGUUUGCAUUCCCUGGCCCAGCCACGCCCAUGGUCAACCUCGCUGCCCGGCCCCUCAACACCAUGUUCUCAGUGAUGCCCGGCUUGAACAUUGCCACAGCAGUCGAGAUCCCGGCAGCCAAUGCUGCACCCACAGCCAUAGCAACCACAACCGGUUCUCAGAAGCAGAAGCUGCAGUUCACAAGAGCACAGCCAUCCAACAACAAGACCUGAGAUGAACACAGAGAGAGUCGGUGUAUGACAUUUUUAAUUCAACGGCAGGGAUAACAAACACAUGGAAGGGGGGGAGAUGUUGCGAGAUGGGGGUGGGGUGGAUGCGAGGGGGUGCGCCAAUGCGAGAAGGGAUUGGGACCGUGGAAAUUAUCGUUUAUUGGUUAUUAUUUGGUAAUGGGAAUUCGUGAUUUUUAGUCUGUAGGAUUUAAGGAUAAUCGUUUUGGUCAAAUAUGUACUAAGAUAAGUCCUUUUUUUAGCAAGAUUUUGGGGUCCCUCUUUGACAAAAAAGAGUGGGAUCUCCUGAUCUUGGGUUUGUAUUGGGGAAUCAUUGCCUGCGCCUUCCUUGGA